AUGGACCACAAGGAGGGACUCGGCUUUGAGGUAUUUUUGGCUGAAUACACAGGACCUCUGCUAACAUAUCUCCUCUUUUAUUUGAGAAUCCCAUGUGUAUACGAUGGAAAAGAGAGCGCUAGAAGACUACGCCACCCAGUGGUACACUUGGCUUGCUUCUGUCAUUGUAUACAUUACAUCCGAUACCUUUUGGAAACCUUAUAUGUUCACAAAGUUUCUGCAGGACAAACAACUUUGAAAAAUCUGAUAAUGGUGAGGAUGCUUUCAUUUGGAAAUAGGCAAAACACAGUAUCUGUUAUCAAUUUUCUGAUGUGUGAAGCUGGGAAUCAUUUCAUCAAUGUAAUACUGUCUCAUCCCAAUCACACAGGAAACCAUUCCUGUUUCCCAAGUCCAAAUUAUAACCCCUUCUCGUGGAUAUUUUUCCUGGUUUCAUGUCCUAACUACACCUAUGAGACUGGAUCAGGGAUUAGUUUCACAGUCAUGACACAAACACUGCCAGUUGGAAUUUUUACACUUCUGAUGAGUAUCCAGAGGUCUUUGUGGGCACAAAAAAACCAUAAGAUUUAUCUGAGAAAAUUCAAUUCAUAUAUUCAUAGAAAAUCAGCAAUGAUUCCAUUUAUAUUGUAAAAAAUAACUUAUCUUAUAAGGAAAACAUAAAUUCAAUAUAUAAAUUCAAUAAACAAGACUUAGUUAAGGAUAGUUAAUUAUUAUAUUUCAACAAUUCAUAAGCAACAGUAUUUUUACUAAGUAAAAAUAUAAGAGUAAAAUUUCACUAAAUUUAGAGUAAUAGACAAGGUAGUAAAAAGUAAAAAUUUCAAAUACAAUUAACUAAGAACAGCUCUGGAUAUAUAUACAUGGGAUUGGCCCUGAAUAAAAUUGUCUUCAGUAAUACUUCACUAUACUAUUUGCAUAAGACAAUUAAAAUAUCACAGCAAAAAAACAAAUCUGAUUAAAAAAUGAAAAAGUAAUCUGAAUAGACAUUUCUCAAAAGAAGAUCUAGAUAUGGCCAAUAGUAUAUUUUAAACAUGAUAAAGAUU